AUGGUAUCCAUCACAAGCGAUUAUAUCAGCGUCGGUGGAAAUAGGCAUCCCUCCGCCGCUGACUGGGAUGUUCAGUCCGGGGUGCUUGCCUUUGGUGCAGACAACAAUGUGGCUUUGUGGGACCCUAAGGAUAAGUUUCAGCGUGGGGUCUACUCUCUUCUUGUCGGUCAUACCGACAAGGUCAAUGCCGUUAAAUUUUACACAUGUCCCACUACAAGCACAAAAUUCCUUAUCACUGCUUCUGCCGAUCACACAGUCCGGAUAUGGCAAGCUGUAACAGAUACCCGUCUCCAAUUCAAGCAUGCGCAAACUCUAGAAGGUCAUACAAGCUCGAUAAACACAAUCGCUGUCAGUGAUGGAGCGGGUCUCGUUGCGUCGGGGGCGGCAGAUGGAAGUGUUAAAAUCUGGAGGAUAACAUUCCAGGGUGAAGGAGCUAAGAGCGAGUUACUCACAACAAUAGUUAUGAAACCACGCUUUUUUCCUCUGGCAUUGGCACUGAAGCCGCUUCAGGCAGAUGGACCCAUGGUAUUGGCAGUCGCAGGUACUACAAAUAUCGUACAUAUUUACAUCCUUGAAGAUCCACUCGGUGGUACUAGUUUCAGGCUUGCUGCUGUGCUGUCCGGUCACGAGGCUUGGGUGCGUUCUCUGUCGUUCACGCGGGAUAAGCAGAGCAAAACAGGAGACAUCCUGCUCGCGUCUGCUAGCCAGGACAAGUAUAUUCGACUCUGGCGAAUCCAACGUGGGGAGGUUACCCUUGCAGCGCCGGCAGGAGAUGAGGAUCCCGUGCUAGGCGAACUCGAACCGACAUUAUCAAAUAAAGCUCAUCAAUUUAAUGCAGCGGGGUCGAAGUACUCUGUUACUUUCGAAGCUCUGUUGUUCGGAAAUGAGGACUGGAUUUACACGACUACAUGGAACCCCAGCCCCGAACGUCAACAGCUUCUCUCUGCUUCUGCGGAUAACACGUUGACUAUCUGGGAACAAGAUACCGUCUCUGGAGUUUGGGUUUCGGCUGAAAGGAUGGGGGAAAUUAGUGUUCAAAAAGGGUCUACUACAGCUACAGGUAGCACUGGUGGGUUCUGGAUUGGCCUCUGGUCACCGGACGGUAACCAAGUAGUGAGCCUUGGGCGAACAGGCAGCUGGAGGGCAUGGAGCUACGAUGCAGAUGCGGACGUCUGGGUGCAGACCCUGGGCAUAUCGGGACAUGUGCGCCCGGUUAAUGGUGUACGGUGGGAGCCUUCUGGGGGCUAUCUGUUAUCUACUAGUGCAGACCAGACGACUCGACUCCAUGCACAGUGGCUACGAGAUGGAAAACAGUCGUGGCAUGAGUUCUCAAGGCCACAAAUUCACGGUUACGAUCUGAACUGUGUUGAUACAUUAGGACCUGCGCGCUUCGUUUCCGGUGCAGACGAGAAGCUUUUGCGGGUUUUCAACGAGCCCAAGCCGAUUGCUAAGUUACUAGAGAAACUUUCUGCAUUCAAACAAUCAGCAGAGGGAGAACUGCCAGACACUGCUCAGAUACCAGUUCUGGGUCUCUCAAACCAAUCGAUGGGAGAAGCUCCAAUGGGCGAGGGAGAAGGGGAGGAGGCAAAUGCCACCAAUAUUGGACAAGCCCAGGAAAAUCAAACAAUACUCUCGGAUUCAAAUCAGCCACCCUUAGAAGAUCAGCUAGCGCGUUACACAUUAUGGCCAGAGCACGAAAAACUCUAUGGUCAUGGCUAUGAAAUAUCGGCUGUGGCCGUCAGUCAUGACUGCACACUCAUUGCUACGGCCUGUAAAGCGAGCUCAAUAGAUCAUGCAGUGGUUCGUCUCUAUGAUACAUCGGACUGGCAUGAAAUACGGCCUUCCCUUGCAGCACAUUCUUUGACUAUUACAAGCCUUUCAUUUUCUCACGAUGACCAAUACCUUCUAAGUGUUGGGCGAGACCGACAAUGGGCAAUUUACUGCCGCAGUGAACUAGACCGAUCUGUGUUCUCACUCAUGGAAUCUCAUCCUAAGGGCCAUUCAAGAAUGAUCUUGGAUGCUGCUUGGGCCCCUAUUCCGGAUAUCCACACUUUCGCCACAGCUGGUCGCGAUAAGUUAGUGAAAAUCUGGCAAAUUAGCCAAGGGUCCUUUGUAUGCAAAACAACAAUCACACUGAAGAGCUCCGUUACUGCAAUAUCUUUCUUCCCGAAGGUGCAGGCGAAUUCCCUCUUCCUCGCUACAGGCGAGGAUAGCGGCGAAUUGUCGUUAUACGAAAUCGCAGUUGACAGCCUGGAGGCAACCCAUCUGGGUAAUAUCGACAAGCUGACAUCCCCGUCCAAGGCGAUCACACAACUCGCAUGGCGACCUUCCGCGAAAUAUGAUACCAGCCAAGACGACUAUAGUCUCAAGCUUGCCGUUGCAAGUGAAGAUACCUCAACGCGUAUAUAUUCUAUUUCCAGCAUGGUUUCAUGA